AGUGCGCGUUGCUUGCUCGAACGCCGAACUCGUCUUCGUUCCUCCGUUACACGAGUCGAUUGUCCGUGACUUUGAACCCUCGAACGGACCAGUUAGUUGCUCUCGACGUUGGACUAAAUUCUUAAACGAUUCUUAAUCGAGAGCCUUGCGCUGAUUUCGACAUCGUGAUUUCUCAAGGUAAGAAGAACGUCGUCGGCAUUUUCCAAGAAAUCGGCAAUACUGCAUGUACGAUAGAGAAGAUCAGUGACGUUGAUGAACUCGAUUGGAGCGAGUUUGCUUAAGAAGAUCAAGGUCACGUUUGAUUAAAACCACGAUUCGAAUAUCGAACGAAAGCAUCGCUAAUUAAUGCAAGAACAAUUUCUAUCGAAAGACUUCGAUAUCAACGCGCAGGAAAUUUUAUUUUCUAAUAAAUUAUCGUUCCCGACCGACGGCCACCUAUCGCCAUUUUGCGUCAAUCGAUCUUUCGCUGGCACGCAAUUCUAUAUACUUGUACAUAUCAGCUGGAAAGAUCGGAUAGGCCGGAAGAGGAGGUCCUUAGUUCCACAAGAGAGACUCUGUGUUCAGUGACGAAAUUUUCAUUCCCUUUCGCUUUCGGGAAUUUAAAGGAUCGUGUUUAGAAUUUCGCCAACUUCGUUUCGCUCGUUUCGAGUUUGACGCGAGCAUUUACGAAUUUUUAAGUUUGGUGCAGCGUAAUUCGACGAUCUUUCUCAAGUAGCAAUCGAAAUAAGGUCGCGAGACAUUGGAAUCGCUGGAAAUAUCUGGUAACAUGAAGAAAGAAGAGGAAGAAUAUGUUUCGGAAAAUGUCUAGUGACUGUGCGGCAAAGUGUUGGGACUCGAACUCGCAUUAAGCAUCGAUAAGUAAAAUUGUUCGUAGAUGGGCAGUGAUUUAAAUUGUGUGCUCGAGUUAAUUGUUAUGUAGAGUCGCGUGACUAUACAAAAUGUCGUUUGUGAACGGGACGAUGAUGUUACUCGCGUACACCGCGAACAUGAUCGCGACGUUACCUGAAAAAGUGGGUUCCGAGCUUGGUGAGAAUACUAUCGACAACAUGAACGUAACGACGACCACGUUAUCACCGGAAGAACGAGAAAACCAAUUUGAUUUUGACGAUCAAUGGUACAUGUGGCGAUGUUUCGACCCGUACGGCUGCUUCUACAUCGGUUCGCCAUGGUCCGGAGAGAACAGACCAGUCUCCACGUUUCCGGCUCGGCCGGACAGUAUAAAUCCACGUUACAUGCUUUACACUCGAGAUAAUAAGGCUCAGCCACGCGAACUCAAAAUCGAUAAGUACGAAACUAUUCGCGGAGCGCCCCUUAAAAACGAUAGGAAUCUUUAUUUGAUCGUUCAUGGCUUUCUCGACAACGGCGACAAAACAUGGGUUUUGAGAACGAUGGAGGAAUUAUUAAUCAAGGAAGACAGCAACGUGGUGAUCGUGAACUGGAUCGCUGGAGCGGGUCCACCAUACACGCAAGCUGUGGCCAACACAAGGUUGGUAGGCGCGAUGACGGCUCGUUUGGCUUAUCAGUUGAUCGAAGUUGGACGAGUGGAUUCCACGAGGAUACACUGCAUAGGGCACAGUCUUGGUGCGCAUACUUGCGGCUAUAUCGGAUAUACUUUAAGGCAGACGUACGAUCAUAAACUUGGAAGGAUCACUGGCCUCGAUCCUGCCGAACCGCAUUUCAGCAACACGUCGACGAUGGUUCGGCUCGAUCCGACCGAUGCCACCUUCGUCACAGCUAUCCACACCGAUUGCAAUCCUUUUAUCAGCGGCGGCCUCGGCAUCACUCAACCUGUCGCGCAUAUCGAUUUCUAUCCGAACGGUGGUCGCAAUCAGCCUGGUUGCAACGAGGGUGUUCUCAAUUUUAUCACCUUGGAACAUGGCAGCUUCUUCCGUGGGAUAAAGAGAUUCGUCAGCUGCAAUCACAUCCGCAGUUACGAAUAUUUCAUAGAGAGUAUCAACACGGACUGUCCAUUUCUGACGGUUCCUUGCCCCUCUUGGGACAAGUUUCUAGAAGGCAGUUGCUUCGACUGCGUGAAUCAAUACUGUCCCAAGUUUGGGUUAGACGCUCAACCCGGAAACUACCACGCAUCCGUCUACUCGAUGACUGGAUCCACCAAACCGUUUUGCAGAGGCCAUUACAAAGUCGUCAUCAACGUCUCGAAGACGAACGAGAGUCUGGAUCACGGUGGCGAGAUUGGAACUUUCGCGAUUAAAGUAAUCGGACAAAAUGGAAAGAAGUCAGGGAGAAUUCCGCUCAGUUCUCAAUCGACGUACUACGAACCAGGUAGCACUCACACUGUGGUACUGCUUGGUGACGUGGUUGGCAAACUGGAGUCAGUGGAAAUUUCGUGGGAGUACCGAGUCUCUGUUUUCAAUCCGCUCACGUGGAGGCUUCUGCACACGCCUCGCGUCUAUAUCGACUCGUUGAGCGUCGAGAGUUUGGAGGCCGCUCACAGGAUUACCGUGUGCCCUGACAAAUCGAAAGCUCUGCUCGCCAAGCAACCAAAGCUCUUGACGACCAAGAAUUGUCAAACAGCUCGGCUGAACCUGGUUUCAACCUAGGGACAUCUUUCAAACCUUUAAAUCGAUCAUCGAUACAAUUUGCUUCUUACGAAUUUAGCUAUUUAGCUUCCAAGAGACUCGUAGUAGCUCUGGCUGUCAAGAUUUCACUUUUCACACACUACCGUACGAGAUCAAUCGUUGACGCUAUAACAUUAUAAAUGGACCGUUCUUACCAUUUACUUGUUGCUUAUUGUACGACUUAUUUUUUAAGAAAUAAAUAUACUUUUCUUUUUCUAAUAA